AAAUAAAAAAUAAAAAAUAAAAAAAUAAAAAAAUUGAAAUCUACUCUGAAUCAGAAAAUUUCAAUCUAACUCUACCCACCCCACCAAUUCCAACUUUACUUUAUUUACUUAAUUAAUACCGGCGCAAAAAAAUAAAUAAAAAAAAAUUCAUCCCCAUUUUUUGCGUUGUGAAUUUGUAAAAUCUCGUGGAACUGAGGAUUUUGCGAGAGUCUGCUUGCUUGCUUACAGUGGAUUUCUUCUUCUUCUUCAGACAACUGUGAACUGUGUGCUUCUUCACACUAACCGAGGGAGGGAAUACAGCUCCCAAUUUUUAUUUAUUUUUUUUGGAGAAGACUUGUUGUUCGAAAGCUGAAAAUCUCUUCUGGGUUUUUUAUUUUUGAGGGUUUUCGUCGAUUCGAGGGUUUUUGUGUCUUAUCGCACAUAAUGCGGUGUGCAUUCGGGCUGUUCAACGGAUGGGAGCCGAUCGGAGAAGUGGUGGCGGCGGCGGCGGGGAUUUGAUGGGAACGAGGUUGUUGGUGUUAAACGCCGCCGUUUCAUGGAGUUUAGGAUUCGGUGCAACCGGUGUGCCGGGUUUUCUCUACUCCGAACAUUUACUCUGAAUUCUGCCUUCGUUUGUAUCAAGGUUUUAUUGAUUUUUCUGCUUUUGGAGGCUGCGUUUGCGAAACCCAAAGAAUUUAGAGUGAAGAGAGCCGAAACCAAACAGGACAACAAAGAAAACAUAAUUACACAUUCUUGCAUUCAUGAUCAAAUUAUCGAACAAAGAAAAAGGCCCGGUCGUAAGGUAUAUUCCGUCUCCGCUCAGGUCUACGUCGAACCCGAUAUUUCCAAUAAUACCCUUCAACAAAGGGGGAGGUCAUUGCUCGGUUUUUCUGAAUCUUUAAGGAAUCAGAAAAACGAUGCUAAGCAACCCAUUAGAAUCUUUCUGAAUUACGAUGCUGUGGGCCAUUCCUCGGAUCGAGAUUGCCGAAGUGUGGGUGACAUGGUCAAGCUGGGCGAACCAAACGGUGCUUCGUUUUCCGGUACUCCUUCUUGUAACCCUAAUGGAGAUCCUCCGAUUUACGGUGAUUGUUGGUAUAACUGUACAUUUGAUGAUAUAGCUGGGAAGGACAAGAAGUAUCGCCUUCGUAAGGCUCUUGGACAGACGGCAGAUUGGUUCAAAAGAGCCUUAUCCGUCGAACCAGUCAAAGGGAAUCUUCGGUUGAGUGGAUAUUCCGCAUGCGGUCAAGAUGGAGGUGUGCAACUUCCUAGGGAAUAUGUCGAAGAGGGUGUUGUUGAUGCGGAUUUAGUUCUUUUGGUUACGACGAGACCGACAACUGGCAAUACUCUGGCGUGGGCCGUAGCGUGCGAACGUGACCAAUGGGGUCGUGCUAUUGCUGGGCACGUGAAUGUUGCACCUCGUCACUUGACUGCUGAAGCAGAAACUUUACUUUCUGCCACACUGAUUCACGAGGUGAUGCAUGUUCUUGGAUUUGAUCCCCAUGCCUUUGCUCAUUUUCGCGAUGAGAGAAAAAGAAGGCGUAUUCGGGUUACAGAACAAGCCAUGGAUGAAAAACUCAAUUUCACCGGACUGGAGCUUGAAGAUGGUGGUGGGCGUGGCACAUCAGGGUCCCACUGGGAGAAAAGACUAUUGAUGAACGAGAUUAUGACAGGCUCGGUCGACACAAGAUCGGUAGUUUCGAAAAUGACACUCGCUCUGCUGGAGGAUAGUGGGUGGUACCGUGCUAACUACAGUGUGGCUGACCGACUCGACUGGGGUAGAAACCAGGGUACCGAGUUUGUUACCUCACCUUGCAACCAUUGGAAAGGCGCCUACCGUUGCAACUCAACUCAGUUUUCGGGGUGUACUUAUAAUAGGGAAGCGGAAGGGUACUGCCCCAUCGUAAGCUACAGUGGGGAUCUUCCUCAGUGGUCCCGAUAUUUCCCACAGCCUAACAAAGGUGGCCAAUCGUCAUUGGCUGAUUAUUGCACUUACUUUGUAGCUUACUCCGAUGGUUCGUGUACGGACACUAAUAGUGCAAGGGCGCCCGACAGUAUGUUGGGUGAAGUAAGAGGAACCAAUUCAAGGUGCAUGGCCUCGUCACUAGUUCGAAGUGGGUUCGUAAGGGGUUCGACUACCCAAGGAAACGGUUGUUAUCAGCAUAGGUGUAUGAAUAAUUCACUUGAGAUUGCCGUGGAUGGGAUUUGGAAAGUGUGUCCUGAAUCUGGCGGGCCCGUUCAAUUUCCUGGCUUCAAUGGUGAACUAAUCUGCCCUGCUUACCACGAACUCUGCAAUGUUGACCCCGUUCCUGUAUCUGGUCAAUGUCUUAAUUCAUGUCAUUUUAAUGGCGAUUGUAUUGAUGGAAAAUGUCACUGCUUUCUUGGAUUUGAGGGCCGUGAUUGUAGCCAGCCUUCUUGUCCUAACAACUGUGGGGGUCAUGGUGAGUGCCAUAAAGAUGGUAUUUGUGAAUGUGAAAAAGGAUUCACCGGCGCUGAUUGCUCCACUGCUAUAUGCGACGAACAAUGCAGUCUUCACGGUGGAGUAUGUGACAAUGGUGUAUGUGAGUUUCGGUGCUCCGACUAUGCAGGCUACACUUGCCAAAACAGCUCAAUGCUUCUACCGAGCCUUUCAGUGUGCAAAGACGUACUCGAGAAAGAUGUUUUAGGACAACAUUGUGCACCGAGUGAACUCAGUAUCUUGCAACAGCUCGAAGAAGUUGUUGUCAUGCCCAAUUACCAUCGACUUUUCCCCGGGGGUCCUCGGAAGUUUCUAAAUUACAUUCGAGGCCGUGACUGUGACGGUGCUGCUAAGAGAUUAGCCUGUUGGAUAUCGAUUCAAAAGUGCGAUAAAGACGGAGACAACAGAAUACGAGUGUGCCGCUCCGCCUGUCAAUCGUACAACUUAGCUUGUGGAGCGUCGCUCGAUUGUUCGGACCAGACUUUAUUUAGCAAUGACGACGAGGGCGAAGGUCUUUGCACCGGAUGGGGUGAGUUAAGUUCUUGGUUGUGACGAAUACUAUGUAAAUUGUAGGGUUCUUUUUUUUCUUUUUUCUUUUUUUACGAUUCGAUGGCUUGCCGUUUUUGUCGGGUGGGCUUUGUAGGGGAAAAGGGUUGGCACAUAUUGAAGGUUUAUUAGGUGUAGAAAUUUUCAAUUUCCCAGGCCCAGAUUUAUUGGGAAUGAUUUGUUGAGGGGUUGUAAGGCUUUUUCAAAGAGGAAAAGCCAAAGAUGUAGAGAGAGAAAAUUAUGUAUGAAUAGUGAAUGGAUGAGAGAGAAGUGAUGUGUAAACAUUGGCCUAAGGCCUUGAAAAAAAAAAUGUAAUAUAUAGUUCUAAUUUUAUGGUAUCAAUUCCACAUU